AUGAGGAGCAGCAAAUCAAAAGAGGUGCCUUUACCAAACCCAAGGAGCUCUCCAAGCACGGAUGCUAUUCAAGCAGAUAAAACCGCACCAUGGGAUGCACUUUCUCAGACCAAGGCUGCUCUGAGACACAUUGAAAACAAAUUGGAAGUAGCCCCUACGAGUACAGCUGUGUUUGAUUCUGUCAUGGAUACCAAGAAAUCUUCUGCAAGUGCUACCAGAAAAAUUAGUAGAAAAGAUGGUAGAUACCUGGAUGAUUCUUGGGUUAAUGCUCCAGCCUCCAAAUUUUCUAAAUCACGAAAAGAGAAAUCUCGUAGUCCUCUCAGAGCUACCACCCUGGAGAGUAAUGUAAAAAAAAUUAAUCGUGUGGAGUUUCGUGACCCUUUGGUUUCUUACAGGGAAGUCCAUGGCACACCAUCCAGUAUAAGUCCCAGCCAUUUAGAGUCAAAGCAUGUAUAUUGUGUGGAUGUUAAUGAAGAGAAGCCUGAGAGUGGGAACCGGCUGAUGUGCAGUCGAGAAGAUCGGAAUAUACUUUGCUGUGAUUUUGAGAGCUCCCAAUCAUCUGCCGUUGAUGACACAGUUGUUAGGUUUUUAAAUGAUCGACCAGCAAUUGAUGCAUUGCAAAAUUCUGAAUGUUUGAUUAAGGUGGCAGCUGCUGUGAGAAGUGAUGAAGAAAAACCUAAUAGAACAAAAGGAAAUGAGAACGCUUUGAAGUCUUCUGUGUGUACCAUGGGCCAUAAUAUUGAUUCAAAAGUGUCACGGUUAACUGACUCUUCUCCGUCUUCUACUAGUACUUGUAAUUCCCAAAGAUUAGAUAUCCUAAAGCGACGACAACAUGAUGUCAAACUGGAAAAACUCAAGGAGCGGAUUAGAAAACAGUGGGAACACUCAGAAGAAACAAAUGGCCAGGGCCAGAAUCUGGGUCAUAUUGACCAUCCAGUAAUGGCUGUUAAUGUUGAUAGCUCAGUGACAGCAAAAGUCAGGAAAGUGGCAGCAGCACCACCUGCUCCAACAUAUAAAGGCUUCAAUCCUUCAGAGACCAAGAUUCGAACACCUGAUGGGAAAGUGUGGCAGGAGGCUGAGUUUCAAAACAUGAGUAGAGAACUGUAUCGUGACUUAGCACUUCACUUUGCAGAUGAUAGCUCUAUGAAAGAAAAACCAGCUGAAAAAAGUAAAGAGAAGAAAGUGGUCAAGCCAGUACGAAAAGUCCAAAAGAUAGCACAGUUAUCAACUUCAGAAUGCAAAACAGGUAGCAGUCAUCUGAUUAGCACAUCUUCUUGGCGGGAUGGACAAAAAUUAGUAAAGAAAAUUCUUGGUCCUGCACCUAGAAUAGAGCAAAAAGAGCGAAGAGCAGCAUCAGGUGACAGAAGUGGAAGAGAGAGCGCUACUAAAUCUGGUGGCCAUAUUGGAAGAGCAGAGUCGGAUCCUAGAUUGGAUGUUUCACAUAGACAUCGUCCACGAAACUCAGAACGUUCAAGAAGUAGAGCUCGGUCAGAAAAUAAUGUAAAGAAAUUAGUUCCAUCUCUUCCAGAUAAUAAACAAGAGGAAAAUGCUGCCUUAAAUAAGAACUUUUUACCUGUUGAAAUUCGUGGAAUUCUUGAUGACCUCCAGUUGGAUUCAGCAGCUCAGACUGCAAGACAAGAGACAGGAGAGUUACAGAAUCAGAAGUCAUCAGCAUCCAUACAAGCUCCUAGAAGUCAUAGCCCAAUAAAAAGAAAACCUGACAAAAUAACAGCUAAUGAAGAUCCCCCUGUUAUUUCUAAAAAGCGUCACUAUGAUACAGAUGAAGUGCGACAGUACAUUGUUAGACAGCAGGAAGAAAGGAAGAGGAAACAGAAUGAGGAGAAGAAGGCCCAAAAGGAAGCCACUGAGCAGAAGAACAAACGAUUACAGGAGCUCUACCGGAAACAGAAAGAAGCCUUCACUAAAGUGAAAAAUGUGCCUCCUCCUGAGCCAUCAGCAACUAGGCGACUGCAAGAAACUUACUCCAAGUUGCUUCUAGAAAAGUCAUUGCUUGAAGAGCCAACUCAUCAACAUAUUAUGCAGGAAACACAGACCAGACCAGGAUAUCAGCCAUCUGGAGAAUCUGACAAAGAAAACAAAGUGCAAGAACGUCCCCCAAGCGCAUCUUCCAGUAGUGACAUGUCUCUGUCAGAACCUCCACAGCCUCUUGCCAGAAAGGACUUGAUGGAUCCUUCAUGGAUGCAGCCCGACAGACUGAGCCCACGACUCCACCAUCCUCAACCACAGCCUCUUGUUGGGACAGCUGGAAAUUUACUUUCCCAUCUCUUGAAUCUAGAGCAUGUAGGAAUUUUGCAUAAGGAUUUAGAAUCCAUUUUACCAACGAGGAAGAAUCAUAAUAUGGCUUCGGGGACGUUAACUUUUACACCUCAACCAUAUCUGACCUCGCCAACUGCUCAUCCAGAUGCCUUGUUAAAAUCUAGUGCUAGCCAAUAUAAAAGUAAACUGGAUCGUAUUGAAGCCUUGAAAGCAACAGCUGCUUCUUUAUCCAGCAGAAUUGAAAGUGAAGCCAGAAAAUUAGCUGGGGCUAACAUUAACUAUGGGUCAGUAUGGAACACUGAGUAUGAUGUGCAGCGACCACCACAGGAAGACGGACAUUGGACCAAGGCUAUAAGUCCGCCUGUGAAAGAGGAUGCAGAAGAUGUUUUCUCUGCUCGAAUUCAAAAGAUGCUGGGAACCUGUGUAUCUCAUGCAACUUUUGAUGAUGAUCUUCCUGGUGUAGGCAACCUCAGUGAAUUUAAAAAGCUUCCUGAGAUGAUAAGACCUCAUAGUGCCAUAUCAAACCUCAGAAUGAGAUCUCCUGGACCCAAACCAGAAGGGCUGCUGGCACAGUUGUGUAAGAGGCAGACCGACUCUUCUGGCUCUGAUAUGCAAGUUUGUUCUCAAGACAAAGCCAAAGUGUCUCUUGGUUCCAGCAUAGAUUCCGUCAGUGAAGGGCCUCUUCUUAGUGAGGGCAGUCUCUCUGAAGAAGAAGGACGUCGAGAUGAACAGUCCCCUUUGAAGUUAACAGAGAUCUUGAAAGAAAAGGAAUUUUGUGCUGGAGAAAGAAAUGCUUAUGAACCUAUCAAAGAGUUUCAGAAGGAAGCUGAAAAAUUCUUACCACUCUUUGGGCCUAUAGGUGGUACACAAAGCAAAGGACCAUGGGAAGAACUGGCAAAGGGAAGUCCACAUAGUGUCAUUAAUAUUUUUACAAAAUCAUACAAGUUAUAUGGAAAAGAAUUUGAAGACAGAUUGGAAAGAGGAACAUCAGCAUCACGGCCUUUGAAUGCCAUCACAACCCCUUUAAGCAGCGUUUCCUAUGAAGAUGAUUUUGUCUCCUCUGCAGGGAGUGGGACUUUGACAGAAAGAAAGUCAGCUCUUGAACCCAAUGUUGGUAGUCACAGUCUAGGCUUUCAGGAGGAUCAUUCCAGCAGAAAGUCUGCCUGUGACCUCUCCUCUGUGGAUGUUACUCCCCAGCACUCAUCAGGGGCCCCGUCUGCUGCGUCGUCUCCUUCUUCCUCUUCUAAAGGGAAGAAAGGAAAGAAAGAGAAGAUAGAAUGGCUAGAUUCACUCACUGGAAAUAUUCAGAACUCACUUGUUGAUGAAGAAAAAGUACACUCUGGUUCAGAACGUGGCUCUCAUCAAGGAAAGAAAUCUGGGACCAGUAGCAAACUUUCUGUGAAAGAUUAUGAGCAGACUCUUGAUACUGAUAGCACUUUGGAAGAAAUUUCUGGGCAUUCUUUGAGUGUCUCAUCAGAUAAGGGAAGAUCUCAGAAAACUCCAACUUCUCCCAUAUCUCCAAGUUCUCAGAAACUGUUGCAGUUUGACCUUCCAGGAACUUCAUUAGAAAGAUCUAAAUCCUCAAUAGUAGUGACUCCAACAGGGUUUAAGCCUAAUGCAACUUUUGCUGAUGUGAAUCUGGCUGCCAGCAGAACGACGACAGAGAUGGCGUCAACACCAGGUUCUAAGCGCUUUUCUCCUGCUGGCCUCCAGCAUCGGAUGGCAGCAGAACUCAGUUACUUGAGUGCCAUUGAGGAGUCGGUGCGUCAGCUGUCAGAUGUAGAAAGAGUUAGAGGAGUUUCACUUGCUCAACAGGAGAGCGUGUCUCUGGCUCAGAUCAUAAAGGCACAGCAACAACGCCAUGAAAGAGACUUGGCCCUUUUGAAGUUGAAGGCUGAACAAGAGGCUCUGGAAUGUCAGAGACAAUUAGAAGAAACCCGGAGCAAAGCAGCUCAGGUCCAUGCGGAAUCAUUACAGCAGGUGGUAAAGUCACAACGGGAUAUGACUGAAGUCCUGCAGGAAGCAACAUGUAAAAUAGCCACUCAGCAAACAGAGACUGCUCGCCUGACGACAAAUGCAGCACGCCAGAUCUGCGAGAUGGCGGAGUUGACUCGAACUCAUAUCUCAGAUGCCAUCACUGCUUCAGGAGCUCCCCUAGCAGCACUAUAUGAUCACCAGCGGCAGCAUGCUCCAGACUUUGUGAAACAACUAAGGACAAGAGCUGAAACAGAUAGGAAAAGUCAGUCUGGUUCACUCUCUCAGAGUAAAGAAGGAACCCUUGACUCUAAGCAUCAGAAAUUUUCCCCUUCAUAUGAUAGUUAUUCUGAGUCUUCAAGACACAAGAAUCGGGAUAGAAGGAGUAGUAGUGGUAGCAGCCGUCAAGAAAGUCCUUCAGUUCCAUCUUCUAAGGAAAACGAGAAGAAACAUCGUGGUGAAAAGAUGGAGAGUUCUAUUGAUGAACAGGUUCAGACCGCUGCUGAUGAUUCUUUUCGAAGUGAUAGUGUACCAUCUCUUCCUGAUGAAAAAGAUUCAACUUCUGUUGCAACAGAAUAUUCCCUGAAAUUUGAUGAAUCCAUGACAGAAGAUGAAAUAGAAGAAAAGUCAUUUCGAUCUUUACUACCUUCUGAGAGUCAUCGCAGAUUUAACAUGGAAAAGAAAAGAGGCCAUCAUGAUGACUCUGAUGAAGAAACUUCUCCAGAAAAGACUACACUGUCCUCUGCCAAGGAGCUAAGCAUGCCAUUCUCAGGAGGACAAGACAGCUUUUCUAAAUUUACUAUGGAGAUGGUUCGACAGUAUAUGAAAGAAGAGGAAAUGAGAGCAGCUCACCAGUCUUCACUCCUGCGUCUCCGUGAAAAGGCCUUGAAGGAGAAAACUAAAGCUGAACUAGCCUGGUUAGAGCAUCAGAAAAAACAUCUACGAGAUAAAGGUGAAGAUGAUAAAAUGCCCCCACUCCGGAAGAAACAGCGUGGUUUGCUCUUAAGGUUGCAGCAAGAAAAGGCAGAAAUUAAACGUCUUCAAGAAGCCAAUAAGGCAGCUCGGAAGGAAAGACAGCUGAUUCUUAAACAGCAGGAGGAGAUAGAAAGGAUCCGACAGACCACCAUAAAACUGCAGGAGAAGCUGAAAUCUGCAGGGGAGAAUAAAUUGGAGUCUCAUAGUGAUGAUGAUACAAAAGAUAGUAAAGCAGCCAGUCCUGUUCCAACUGACUUGGAGACCCGCAGUCCUUCCCCUAUUUCAAUCUCCAGCAGUGAAACAAGCAGCAUUAUGCAGAAACUGAAGAAAAUGAGAAGCCGCAUGGAUGAAAAACACUGCUCUCCUGUUCACUACUUCUUCUCUGUCUUUACGUCUCAUCACUGGGCCUCUCUCAGUGUCUGUUUUCCCAACCUUCAUCCCAAAUUCCAGCUGUAUAUCUACAACCAGUUGGUCAGGUUUCUGACAAAACGAGAGCAAAAACUAAUGCAGCGGCGACAACAUGCAGAAGAGCUGUUAGAGUGGAAGCGACGUUUAGAUGCAGAGGAAGCAGAAAUUCGUCAAAUGGAAAAACAAGCUUUGGCUGCCUGGGACAAAGAAUUAAUAAAACCUAAAACUCCUAAGAAAGAGCUGGAGGACCAGAGAGCCGAACAGAAAGAAAUAGUGAGUGAAACAGAAUCUCCAGUACCUUCCUACUCUCAUCUACACAGUGAAAGCUCUAUUCCAGAAGAAUUGGGCAGCCCUGCCGUUGAGUAUAUACCAUCUGAGUCCAUAGUUCAGGAGCAUCCUGGGAGUCCAGACCAUAGUAUACUUACUGAAGACAUGGUUUUUUCACAAGAACUGGAAUCUUCUACCUCGCCUACUAAACAUUCACCUCCCAAGAGCUCCAUGUCUAUGUCAAAGCAAGAGUCUAGCAAAGGAAGUCAUAGGACUGGAGCACACGGUCGUCUGCCGGUCAGGUCCCAUCAACAUUGUUACAGUUGGUCAGAUGAGUCAUUAUCUAUGACACAGUCAGAAACUACAUCUGACCAGAGUGACAUUGAAGGUAGAAUCAGAGCCCUGAAGGAUGAGCUGCGGAAAAGAAAAUCAGUUGUGGACCAACUCAAGAAGGAACAGAAGAAAAGACAAAAGGAGAGGCUCAAAGCCCAGGAAGCCAGUCUCAUCAAACAAUUGGAGUCAUAUGAUGAAUUCAUUAAGAAAACUGAAGCUGAGCUUAGCCGAGAUUUGGAAACCUCACCAACAGCCAAGCCUCAGAUUAAAACGCUCUCCUCAACUUCUGAAAAACCCAAGAUCAAGUCCCUUCCACUGCACAGAUCGGAAACAGCAAAGAAUUGGAAAUCACUGACAGACUCAGAACGAUCCAGAGGAUCCCUGGAGUCUAUUGCUGAACAUGUUGAUGCUGCAUUGACAGGUUCUGAAAGAUCAGUACCGGAAAAAUCUUCAUCUGCCUACGCAAAGAGAAUGACUGAAUUGGAUGGUCGGACAGAAGAGCACUUUCAGACUUCUCCGAUUCUGAGAUCAUCAAGGAGGACAAGAGCUGAAUCUGGAGAUUCUCUAGAAAAUGUCCCUUCAUUAUCUCUUCUCAAAGAAUUAAACGCAUCUUAUAGAAUUCUGGAUGUAUCAGGUGCCAAGGCUGAAGAAGAGUCUAGUCAGAAAUCAGAAAUACAAGAAGUAGACUAUGCAAAAUUGGAGGAGAGUGCAAUUGAAGAUGCCUAUUCUAAACAGUCUAGGAAGGCUGAUGUCUUCCUGAAGCUAGACCUGGAACAGGGAGAUUCAUCUGAAAUUCUUUCAAGAAAAGAUCUUCCUUUAGAUUCUAUAAAUGUUCAGAAAGACUUAGUUAGAUUAGCCAUUGAAAAUCUUCAUAAAAAAGAAACAAAAGAGGGACAGUCAAAUGAAGAUAUUAGUCAUAGUCCAAACAUCCAAUCAGAAAAAGAGACUCAUGUACAAAAGAAUAUAAAGAGCAGGGACUCAUCUUGGUCACAGCGUGUACUUGCAUCUAAAGAGAUGUCGUACUCUGAAGAUUUUGAUGUAUCGUCUUUCAAGAAAGACAUUUCAGCUGAAUUGUACAAAGAUAACUUUGAGGUGGCAUCUUUGUUGUCACUCAGGAAAGACUCUCAGUCUUGCAGAGAGAAGUUACAGGCAACAAGCAUCUCUAGAAGCAGAGCCACUAGCUUUGGUAGUGAUGAUGAAAUCAGCGAGUGCCUCAGUGAGAAAAGCCUUUCUAUUCAUAGCAGUGUCCACUCUGAAAGGCUGUUAGAACUCAAGUCCCCCACUGAGCUUAUGAAAAAUAAGGAGCGCAGUGAUGUAGAGCAUGAACGAGGAGUUACUGAAUCCCCUUCCUUGGCUUCAGCUUCUCUUGCAGAUGAAUUACUUGAUUUCCACAUUGGUGAUAGGGUAUUGAUUGGCAAUGUUCAGCCAGGAACUCUUCGAUUCAAAGGUGUGACUAGUUUUGCCAAAGGGUUUUGGGCUGGAGUGGAGUUGGAUAAACCUGAAGGAAAUAACAAUGGAACAUAUGAUGGCAUUGUAUACUUUGUGUGCAAAGAGAAGCAUGGGAUUUUUGCUCCUCCUCAAAAAAUAUCUCACAUUCCAGAAAACUUUGAUGACUAUGUAGACAUAAAUGAAGACGAAGACUCUUAUUCCGAUGAGCAAUAUCAAUAUUAUAAUCAAGAACAAAAAGAUACAGAGGGUCCCAAGUCUGACAGAGAAAAGGAUACAGUUGAAUAUUUUUAUGAGAAAUCUCUACCCAGUAUGCAUGACACAGAAGCCUCAGUUGAUAGAAGCCUUAAAGUAGAGACAGACAAUAUACAGGACAUUUCUGGGGUACUCGAAGCCCGUAUUCACCAGCAGAAUUCAGUGGACUUACUGAUGUCUUCAGAGAAAAACAAAGACCUUGUUUCUGAUGCCACAGAAAAGGUUUCUUCUGUUGUAGAAGACGAUACUUUAGAUAAUACCUUUUCUGAAGAAUUAAAGAGGCAACAACAGUUGACUGAAAAGGAAGAGAACUUAUAUCCCGAAGUUUCAGAAAAGCUUUCUACCCCACUUCUGGACCUGUUAGCAAGAGAGAAGAACCAAUUGGAAGCCCAGCUGAGGUCAUCUGUAAGUGAGGAAAAAAAGUCAAAGGAACAGCUAGAAACAGUCAGCUUACUGACAGACAGUUUGCUCCAAGUCUUUGUGAAGGACACAGUCAAUCAACUACAACAAAUCAAAAAAGCUAGAAAUGAAAAAAUCCAGCUUAGCAAUCAGGAGCUUCUUGUUGAGGAUCAAAAGAAAGUACCACUCCAAGGCCUAGCCCAAAAUCUUGAGGAACAGUCACCAAGCGUUCCGGGUUGCUUCUUAAGGUCUGAAUUGGAAGAUGAGAAAGAGGAGAUUUCCUCACCAGAUAUGUGUCCUAGACCUGAAAGUCCAGUAUUUGGUGCCAGUGGGCAGGAAGAGCUUGCUAAGAGACUUGCUGAACUUGAAAUCAGCCGGGAGUUCCUGAGCGUGUUAGGAGAUGAUCAAGACUGGUUUGAUGAAGACUUUGGUUUGAGCUCUUCUCACAAGAUCCAAAAAAACAAGGCUGAAGAAACAAUUGUACCUUUAAUGGCAGAACCUAAAAGAGCUCCAGAAAAGCCGUGUGAAGCUUUACUGGCAGUUCCACAUACUGCAGAGGAAGUAGGAAUUCUCGUACACGAUGCAGCGGAAGAGCUUUGGAAAUGGAAAGAAUUAGGUCAUGAUCUGCACAGCAUCAGUAUUCCUGCAAAACUGCUUGGCUGUGCCAGUAAGGGUCUAGAUAUAGAAAGUACUAGUAAAAGGGUGUACAAGCAGGCGGUUUUUGACUUAACAAAAGAGAUUUUUGAGGAAAUAUUUGCUGAGGAUCCCAACUUGAAUCAGCCUGUCUGGAUGAAGCCAUGUAGAGUCAACUCCAAUUAUUUCCGACGAGUGAAAAAUCCAAAUAACCUUGAUGAAAUCAAGAACUUCAUAGCAACUGAAGUACUCAAGCUAUUCAGUCUUAAAAAGGAGCCAAACCACAAAACAGAUUGGCAGAAAAUGAUGAAAUUUGGAAGAAAGAAAAGAGACCGAGUGGAUCAUAUCCUGGUACAGGAGCUUCACGAGGAAGAGGCCCAGUGGGUGAACUAUGAUGAGGAUGAGUUGUGCGUGAAGAUGCAGCUAGCUGAUGGGAUCUUUGAGACCUUGAUCAGAGAUACUAUUGAUGUUCUGAAUCAAAUCAGUGAAAAACAGGGGCGAAUGCUACUUGUGUGACAUCUUGCAAAUAAAUCGAACACUGAGUGCUAAUAUGAGUCCUGGGCCUUUCUGCCUCGUGAUACACACCCCG